AUGCAUCCCGGAGCGGUAGGCGGCGGGCCGCGGCAGCCUCCAUCCCCGGUGUCCUUAGCAAACAGCAUCCUGCGCGGCACACCUCUCAUCCUGCGCGCCCUCCGAAAAUACCCACGCACCCCGAAGUGUGCGCGCUGCAGGAACAAUGGGGUCGUGUCCGCGCUCAAGGGCCACAAGCGCUACUGCCGCUGGAAGGACUGCAUGUGCGCAAAGUGCACGCUCAUUGCGGAGCGGCAGCGCGUGAUGGCGGCGCAGGUGGCGCUGAGGCUGCAGCAGGCGCAGGAGGAGAACGAGGCCCGCGAGCUGCAGAUUGCUUUCACGGCACCGCGGAGUGGACUGGCUCUGGCGGCGGCUAAUGGCAUCAUCCCGCCGCGACCCAACUACGAGGUGUUCACCUCCAUGAGCGAGAGCAACUCAGAUUCAGGUAUCCAGAAGUAUGAGCUGUUUAACAAAGACCAGAGCUCCGCAGCCUCUCAGCUGAUUCUGGGGAAACCAGCCUCCACAGAGAGUGACUCUGCGCCGGGCAUCUCCUCCCCGGACGGCCGGCACGGAGGCUCCGGUUCAGUAAACGGAGACAGCGAGUCCUUCAUCAGCUCCCCGGUGUCCAAACCUCGGAAAGACGGCGGGGAAACUCCUCGCUCCGUCAGCUCCCUCGGCUCAGACUCCGGCUCUGCCGACAAAGACGAGCAGGAGGCCUCUCCGUCCUCCGCUGGCUCCCGGCACUAUGAAAUCCAUCCGACAUCCUGACCGGGUGUCCCGAGCCACAAGAGGAGCGUGCUGGAGCUCGUGCUGCAGGGCUGCGGGAAGGACGUGGUGCAGGCCAUCGAGCAGAUCCUCAACAACAGCGGGGGCGCACAAUACUCCAUACAAGGCCGUCCCGCAGAAGGGGCGUGGACGGCGGAGAGAGUGCUCCAAAGCGCGCAGCAGCUCAGCAACUCUUCUACCGGGGUUCCGAGGCCCAUGCUCCCCGGUGCCAUGACGCUAAGCAACCGAUCAGCUUCUCUCCUCUGCCAGCCGAGACUCUCCACACUUCUCCGACCCAGCACCUAUCCUCUGGUAACUCUGGGUCUGAACCCGCUGAGGGCUUCCGCCUACUACUCCGCGCACAAGCCUGGGGAUUGGCCUUCAUUGACGCCGUACUCCACCGGCCUGAUGCCCACCCUGGGCUUCAGACCCCCGAUGGACUAUGCCUUCGCACUGAUAAGAGACAGGACAGUGUUGCACAAGGAGCAGGGCUACCCUAGCGGUCUGUACGGGCCUCUGGUCAACAACACGAGGCCGGAGAAACAGUGAGGCGAGGCGGACUGAUCUCAGAGACUCGCUGCACUGAAAAAACGGAAACUCUAAUUACAUGUAUGAAGUCAACAAAUGUCACAUAACUGUAUUAGGUUAGUUGAAAAUAAUUAAGUUGAAACUUGAUAUUUCUUAUAUAUAUUUAUGUUGUAUUGUUGGAGGAACCUGUGUUUCAUUGCACCCAUGUAGCUGUGUACAAUUAACCUAAUACAGUUAAGUGAAAUCUGUUAACAUAAUACCUUUAAUUAAAGUCAAUGGUGUUAGGUGCGGUGUGUCUGUAUCCACAAGUGUUGAAUGGUCCUGGAGAGAAACUCUGUGAUGUGGUUUUUUUUUUUUGGCUGCAGGCUGCUGUAAAUAUAGGAUUAUCUGGCUGUAGUCAAAUGGUCUGAGAGAGGAAAACUAUGUGUCAUUUUCCAAAAGGAUUUUAUAUGUUUGGAUGACAUUCCCCACGAUUAAUUAAAGCUAAAAAGAUAUUUAUAAAAAUCCAGAAUAAACCACAAUGAAGCUGGUAAAGUAAAACAGAAAAUAAACACAGUUUUAUUUCUGAUUUUAAUGUCAUUUCUGCAGGAUUUAAAAUAAUUCUACGAAGAAAUGAUGUAUCAGAUAGUCACAUUUUCAGCUGGUGAAACUGAAGUGCAAAUGAUGUACUUUAAAUAUGCAUUUCUCUCUCACACACAUAUGGAAUAUUAAACGAGGCAAAAUUAAGUUAUUAUAACAUGUAGAUUACUGAUGUUAACCCUGUUUCCUGAUGUACUGAACUAAUGAUGUGUAAAUGCCAUCCUUUUCUUUUCUUAUUAUUUCACUUAUCUCACCUAUAUUUGUUUAGUUCAUUUCCAACUGCCUGUAUUAUAUAAUGCAUUUGGUAAACGCUAUAUUUGACUUUUCAUUUAUCCUUUAGUCAGCCUUAAAUAUUUUGUGACCAAGUGCUGGAUCAAGUCAGUUCAUCUUCAAAUGUUACAAGCUGUGCUGUCACAUGUAUGAAUAUGCUGGAAAUAAAUGUUAUUUUAAA